GGCUAUAGGGCAGCUAUGGGAUCUCUAUGGGGUUGCUAUGGGAUUGUGGGGCUGUUACGGGUCAUUGAGGCCCCUCCUGAGGCUAUAGGGCAGCUGUGUGGCUGUGAGACCUCAGUGGGGCCGUUAUGGGGCCGCAGCCCUCACACCUUCCGCCCCACAGCCGCCCCACGGCGCCGCAGGCCGGGCCAUUCUGACCCCCCGGCCCCCAGCCCCCCAGCGCCGCCCCCCAGCCCCCCCAGCCCCCCUGGGCCGUGGCGCCGCCUGCUGGGAUUCGAGCUGCGCGAGGUGACGGCGUGGCAGCGCCUGGUGAAGCUGCUGCAUCGACCCACCGACCCCGCGGCGCUCGGCGCCUUCCGUGCUGCAUUUGGGCUGCUGAUGGUGCUGGACGUGCCGCAGGAGCGCGGCCUGGCGCGGCUGGAUCAUCGCUACCUGGACGGGCUGCAGGUCUGCCGCUUCCCCCUGCUGCCCGCCCUGCGGCCGCUGCCCCUGGACUGGAUGUACCUGCUGUACGCCAUCAUGGCGCUCGGCGCGCUGGGGGUGAUGCUGGGCUGCUGCUACCGGCUGAGCGCCGUGGCCUUCCUGGCGCCAUAUUGGUACGUGCUGCUGCUGGACAAGGCCAGCUGGAACAACCACUCCUACCUGUACGGCCUGCUGGCCUUCCAGCUGGCGCUGCUGGGCGCCGACCGAUACGGCUCCAUCGAUGGCCUCUUCCGCCCGCAGAAGCGCAACGCUCACGUCCCCCUCUGGAACUACACCCUGCUGCGGGCCCAGAUCUUCAUCGUCUACUUCAUCGCGGGGCUGAAGAAGUUGGAUGCUGACUGGGUGGGGGGGUACUCCAUGGCGUCCCUGGCGCGGCACUGGCUCUUCUCCCCAUUUCGGCUGCUGCUGUCGGAGGAGCUGACGAGCCGGCUGGUGGUGCACGGCGGGGGCCUGGCGCUGGAUCUCUCCGCCGGCUUCCUCCUCUUCUUCGACGCCACGCGGCCCCUCGGCCUCGUCCUCGUCACCUACUUCCACUGCAUGAACUCACAGCUCUUCAGCAUCGGGAUGUUCUCGUACACCAUGCUGGCCAGCAGUGGGCUGUUCUGCCACCCCUCGUGGCCUCGCCGCCUGUUGUCCCGCUGCCCACGAUGGCUGCAGGGGCUGCUGCCCAACGGCCCCCCCCCCAGCGCAGCCCUGACUGUCACUAUGGGGGGCGGGGGGGCCGCGUGGCGCCCGGCGCUGAGGCAGCAGCUGGCAGCCGCCUUCACGGUGCUCUACGUGCUGGAGCAGCUCUUCCUGCCCUACUCCCACUUCAUCACACAGGGCUACAACAGCUGGACCAAGGGGCUGUACGGCUACUCGUGGGACAUGAUGGUGCACUCCCGCUUCCACCAGCACGUGAAGAUCACCUACAGGGACGGGCUGACGGGGGAGGUGGGCUACCUGAAACCAGGGGUGUUCACGCAGACCCGGCGCUGGAAGGACCAUGCAGACAUGCUGAAGCAAUACUCGACGUGCCUGAGCCAAAUCCUGCCCCAGUACAACGUGUCCCAGCCCCAGAUCUACUUCGACAUCUGGGUGUCCAUCAACGACCGCUUCCAGCAGAGGUUGGUGGACCCACGGGUGGAUCUGGUGACGGCGGAAUGGUCCCCAUGGCGCCCCACACCGUGGCUGCUGCCGCUGCUGGUGGAGCUGUCGCCAUGGAGGGAGAAGCUGCAGGAGCUGGAGAGCGGCCUGGACGGACACACGGACGUCGUCUUCAUCGCUGACUUCCCCGGUAGGAGAGCGGGGGGCUCCUGUGGGCCCCGGUGGUUUUGAGUCCAAAUGGAAGGCGAUGGGCGGGUUGGA